CUCAGAUAUUAUAUAUUGGCCCACAUCCUUCCUUAUAGAAAACUAUAUGAUCUCUUAAAUUUGUUGGAAUUCUGUUUAAUCACAACAAAUCUAGAGAAUAAAUAGAUACAUGUAGAGAUGGAAAUGGAAACUUCUUGGAAAGACAUCAAGAUUCACAUCACGAUACACAAUGAAUCCGUCCUAUUCAAAACUAAAGAUCAAUCAGAAGUGUUCGAUUUAUCGCCAUGGAUUCCUCCCUCUAUAAUGCAGUAUGUUUUGACCAGGGAGCUAUCAUCCUUGCAAAGUGUCUUGCAGAUGCGUGGAUAUGUUCUCGAAUUCGAUGGAAAGCAUGUUAAUGUUUUCCAUGUCUCUGGGAAAACGCCAAAAAUCCUUCAAAACGUUGGGAACGAUCUCUGCAACGUUUUAUCAGCAUUUCUCACCAGAUUUGAAACAAGACCAAUAUUACCAAAACUGAAUGGUGACCAAACAGAUUUAAAUGAGAUGAACUUGCAAAACGUCCUUGUGACGUGGGAUCCAUCAAGCUGUUGUUAUUGGCUGAGUGGUGAAGAAAACGAGGUUGAAGAGGCGUAUAAUGCAAUAAAACAAGAAUAUCCUUUUCUAUGGACCAUAAAUGGAGAAGUGACAUUUAAGGUUGAAAAUGAUUGGAAAGACAUUCGUUUGGUAACAACGUUUCAUGACAUCAGUCCCUCCUGUUGUCUGGUCAUCGAUCCAGUUCCAUACGUUCCUCGUCAGAAACUUCAUUUUGUCCACUCACAACGAUCCAUCAAUGAAGUUCUGAAAUCAGCUGAACCGAUUUCUGAUCGGCCUGCUUCAGUCAACUCGGGACCCAUUCAUCUGGAACCCUUCGUAAUUGGGGCCAUCAAUGUUUUGGUUCAAAAGACCUCAACUUUGGAAUCUAAAGCUAUUAAAAUCAAUUCCUAUGUGGAUGUGCAAAAGGAGUGCCCAAAAACAUACGGAAAUGUAAGCUUUUACUGGGAGAAAAACCUUUCCGUUGUAUGGAUUACAGGAAAAAAAAGCGAUGUUGCGUCGACCUUUGAAAAUAUCCAGUUAUUUUUGGAAAAUGGUACCAAGCUACCCGAGUUGUUUCCGAAAUCUGCGAAGACGGAAAUAAUUCCGAAAGAAACGGUCCAGACAAAAAGGCUCGACGAUGACACGACACCAGAAAAAGAAGGAAACAUGAGUGAAAUGAUAACAAAAGAAGGGUUGGCUAUCAAAAUUUAUUAUGGAGACAUACGAAAUCUGCCUGUAGAAGGCAUCGUAAAUGCUGCCAAUGAAUCUCUCAGUCAUGGUGGUGGAGUUGCAAGAGCUAUAUCAGAUGCAGCCGGUUACGAAUUUGAUAAAGAAAGUAAAGAAUACGUGAAGAAACACGGACGUUUGGCUGUCGGUUCUUGUUGUGUGACGUCAGCCGGAAAGCUUCCUUAUAAAAACGUAAUCCAUACAGUAGGACCAACUUGGUACGACUACGAUGAUAAAGAGAAAAAAUUGUGUCUCAACGAUGUACAGGAGGCGGUAGAAGUUACGUUUAGACGGGCUGAUAAAUUAGGACUCCGCUCAUUAGCUAUUCCAGCUAUAAGUUCUGGUAUCUUCGGUGUUCCAAAAGAAAGCUGUACUGAACAAUACUAUAAAGCAGUCGUUGCCUUCAGUAAGCAAUACACUGGCACCAGUCUUCAAGAAAUCCACUUCGUUGAUGUUGAUCUCACAAUGGUUCGUCUAAUUACAACAACUUUUGAGAGACUCUCGGGAUCGAAGUUAACUCGUAAAACGAUAGAUUUGCCUACCUCUCGGGAAUCGAGAGUUUUGAAAAAAGAACGGGAAGAUCGAAGCAGAAGUCCAAACAAAAACAGUAGCGAUGAUGAUGGCAUCGUAUUUGAUAUUACCGACAAAACAAGUAUUUCUUUAAAGGUCGGUAAUAUUGCUGCGACUGAUGGUUCAGCAAUAGUUUGUCCACAAGAUACAAGAUGUUUGUCUUUGGGGGGAAUUGCAAAGGCAAUAUCUGAUAGAUUAGGUAACAUGGAACAAGACAUGCCUUCAGUAAACCCAAAAGAAGAUGUUCCUCCUGGUAAAGUCAUACCAAUGAAACAGGGGAAAUUAACUGUGCCUUGGGAGUAUAUUCUCCAUGCUGUCUGUCCCACAAAAGAAAAGAAGGAUACCAUGGAACAGUUUGAACUUGACUUGAAGGAGACCAUACGAAAUGUCUUCAAAGAGGCUGCGUGUCUUGGUUUGAAAAGUCUGGUCUGUCCUCUUCUUGGAGCGGGUGGUUUCAUGAAAACAAAGGAAUUGGAAAAAACCUGUGUCCAAUGUCUUGUCGAUGUUGUUAAAGAUUUGCAAAAAGGAAAUUGUCCCUUGCAGAACAUUUCAGUGGUAGUUGGGUCUCAGACCAUUCUAAAUUCAAUAAAGAAUGCGCUUACUGGGGCAGGCUUUUGUUGCCGAACAAAACCAAAACCGGAAUGUUGGAAAUAUUCAAAGGAUAUGCGACCAAAAUAUUCUAGAAAGACAGAUUCGGGAAAAUCAUUUAGUUCAUGUAAAGGUACACGAUCCUGCGACAAAAAAGGAACAUACAACAGUCAUGAAAAAGAAAAUUUUAAAAAAUCCCCAAAACUUGGCAAAUGUGGCGUGAGAUCUUGUCCCCCGUGCGACGGCCGUCAAUUUCGUGAUCCUAAAGCAAGACCACCAUGCGAAGAUACGUCCAAAAAGGAGAAUUCCCAGCCAUUUGGCGUAAUGAAAAUGAGUGAAAACCUGAAAAAACUGCCUGGGUAUGAGGACUCUGAUGGAACCAUUGUCAUUACAUACGUGUUUGAGGAUGGAUACCAGACUUCGUUCCAUCCUUUCCCCGGAAGAAAAUACUCGCGUAUUACCCAUACGGCCUAUGUUCCUGACAACGAGAAAGGGCGUCUGGUGACACGCCUCCUUAAUGUUGCUUUCAGUAGAGGACUUCUUUUCACGGUGAAGUCUUCGUCUGGAUGUAAGCCCUGUAAUGGCAUCAUCGCGUGGAAUGGAAUCGUUCACAAAACCAGCAUCAAAGGAGGACCAGACGAGUAUGGUUAUCCAGAUCCAGAAUAUUUGGAUUUGGUGCUAGAACAAUUGGCUGCCAAAGAUGUCACGAAGGAAAACAGCAACCCAUCAGAGCACAAGGAGUUUUCACGCUGUUUACAAAACUGAACAAAUAAGUUCAAAAUAUAUGACACGCACAUGUAUUGGUUGGAUUUUUGAAAAAUGCUAUUUGAAUACUUAAUAAUUUUGACUUUUUUUCCGGGGAAAUAUACUUUCACGACUGUUGACGAUAAAUCGUUAAUUUUAUUUUACAAAAAUAUUUAAAAGAUGUACAGAAAAAAAUCAUUGCACAAUGUAAAUUUAUUUCACUGCAUAGCAUGGUCAUCCCUAUCUGGUGAAGUAAACUUGUUGGUAUGAAGUUAAAAUCUAAAGCAACUUGUGUUUUUCAACCAGAACAAUCCGUUGAUUCUUCAUAUACAUUUAAAUGGAACAAGUUGAACAAUGUGGCUAUCAUUGAUCGGCUAAAUCAUGCACGUCAUUUUAUUUUCCCCUUCAUAAGUGUGUGGCAUAUUGCAUAUCUCAUGUAUCUCUUUAUUUUGUAUAUAACUUCAUUUCUUAAUAGAAGGUCUAUGAUAGUUUCCUAUGUCAAACUGGAAACAAAGUUUCGAUAGAACAUUCGUUAUUUAGUGUUUUUUAAUGUGUUUCCCUUCAUUCAUUUCCUUGUCAAUUCUAAAAAUACACGAAAUCAAAUAAAUUGUAUACAUAAUACGACUUUAUUAUAUGACACUUUACAAUUUAUGCAGACACAUGUAAACGUAACCAAAAGAUGAAGUAAAUAAUGGAUAAUGAUCAAAUAUCUAAAAAA